AUGUCUAAAGAAAUUGAAAAGCUUAUAAAUUAAUAGGCGAAAAGAUAAAAUCUUCCUAUAUAAUAUUUAAGAGAUAAGAUAUAUCCUGAAUUAUAUCAGGCUUUGGUUUAGCUUAUUGACCAUAUUAUUAAAACUGAUGAAAUAAGGAAACAUUAGGAAAGGCUAAAGAGAAAAAAAGUUUUUGAUAAACUAGAAUAAAAGAAAGUAGAAAAGGAAAAGUUGAAAGCAGAUUUAGGUAGUGAUUAUGUUAGUAGUGAAGACGAUAGCUUGGAUUUUGAAGAUUUAGGAUUAGAAAAAGAAGAAUUAGAGAAAAUUUUAAACGAAAGAAAAAAGGCAAAGGAAGAUUAAGAUGGUGAUGAUAAAUAAGAAGAUGGAGAAGACUCAGAGUCUUACAAUAAAUCCAAGAAUAAUAUAUAGUCUGAUUCAUAAGAUUUAAAUGGUGAUAAAUAAAAAGAUAAAGGCAAUAAAGAGAAUUUGGUUUUAAUAGAAGAAAAUGAAGAAAAAGAUGAAGAAAAUGAAAAAGAUAUAACAGCUGAAAGGGAAAAAAUUACAAAAGAGCUCAAACAAUAAAGAGAGGAUUUAGGAUUUAAUCCACUAAAAUUUUUAGCAGAAAAGUUAAAAGAAAUUCAUAGUUAAUAAAAUUGA